AUGACCACAUCGGGUGUAGUGAGGGGUCAGACUAUAGAUGUGUUGGGCGUAAGUAUUGACCAGUUUUUGGGUAUACCUUAUGCCGAACCACCCGUCGGGAGACUCCGGUUCGCCAAACCUGAACCCAUCAAAACACCCAAACCGGACAUUAUCGAUGCGACAAAACCUAAAAACGCGUGCAUUCAAAACGUGUCACCUCUCGCACCAAAUAUAACCCUAAGUGAAGACUGUUUGGUAUUAAACAUAUGGACACCAAAUGCGGGCAAUAAUAACACAAACAAAUCACAGCUCAAACCCAUUAUGUUUCACAUACACGGCGGAGGUUUAGCGUCGGGUUCAAUAUUUCUUGGACUGGAUAGUAAUGUGUUGGCCACACGAGGUGUGGUUUACGCCUCAGCAGCUUAUAGAUUAGGACAGUUGGGCUUUCUAUACGGGGAUCGGGAGGACGCUCCCGGAAAUGUGGGCUUUUAUGACCAGUUAUUGGCUCUCAAAUGGGUUAGAGAAAAUGCUGAACAGUUCGGCGGAGAUAGGGAUCAGAUCACGAUAUUGGGUGAGAGCGCCGGGAGUUGGUCGGUGUCCGCACACAUACUCUCCCCGCUAUCCAAAGGCCUAUUCAAGAGGGCUAUUAUGGAGAGCGGCGCCCAUAUGUAUAACAAGGAU